UGUUGCCAGAUUUUCGUUUAGUUAAGAUAAAGUUCCAUUGAGACCUCUAGUUCAUUGGCAACUCCUUGUCAUUAUUGUUAGAAUCAUGGCGGCUUGUAAGGUUGUUAUGCGCUUUAUUAGCUUUUAUUGCUUUUUAAAUGUAUUAUGUAACGUUGUUUUAGCCUCUAAUUACGGAGGUUCUAGAUUUAUUCCAUCCAUGAAUGUUUUAAAUUUACAGACUUAUGAGGGAAACUUUUUGACUAAAGAAGAUAUUUCUAGGAACACUUAUCAUCUAGUAAAAAGAUCUAUCACACCCAUUAAAAAGGCAUUUUCCACGCCUGAAAAGAAACUCACCACAAAGUUAGGUGGUGAUAAUAGUUACAUACAGUUAAAAACAUUACAAUAUGACUCAAAAGCUAAAACUGAAAACACUACAGGGUUACCCAAUGUUACCCAAACCAUUGUUAAUACAACAGAAGCACCACAUUCUAGUGAGAAUAUUAGUACUACAUCGUCUAGUAAAAUUACUGACUCAACUGUGCCUAAUACAACAAUGUCCAUUCUUCCUACAAGUGAAACAACUGCUUCUGCGGUGACAAAUGCAACAGAAGCAAACACAACUCUUUCUACAAACAGCAGCAGCACUACAGAAAUGCCUGAAAUGCCUCCUACUAGACCACCCAGUAUUACUAAUACUACUGAAGAUCAUCAUGUGUAUUACAAUUCUACAUUAUUUUUGCACGGUGCUCAAGCAAUGGCAUACUGGGUGGAUUUGGAUUCUCUACCUCAAUCAGAAGUUGUUGUCCAUCGAAUGCUCUCAGAUUCCCAUCGAAAAGCAGCAACUGUGGUGUUAACAUUUGAUUUUCCCUUUUAUGGCCAUCCUUUAAGAAACAUCACCAUUGCAACUGGAGGAUUUAUAUACAUGGGAGAUUAUAUGCAUAGUUGGUUAGCUGCUACCCAAUACAUUGCACCACUCAUGGCAAAUUUUGAUACUAGUCUAAGUAACGAGUCAACAGUGAGAUACUGUGAUAAUGGUACUGCUUUUAUUAUUGAAUGGCACGAAGUUACUUUACAAGAUGAAAAGAAAGGAGGAAAUUUCACAUUUCAAUGUAUUUUAAAGAAUAAUGGAGACAUCAUAUUUGUCUACAAGGAUCUCCCCUUGGGAGUCACAGAAAUCGGUGAUGAUGCCCAUCCAGUUAAAGUUGGAUUGUCAGAUGCAUAUGUCAUCGAUAGAGUCAUUUAUUUUAUCCGCAGAAAAACUAUUUACGAAUAUCAUAGAAUUGAUAUGAAGAAAGAAGAGAUUACAAACAAGACUGCUAUUCUUUUCACUGCCUUAAAAACCUGCAUCUAUUACACAGAUUGUGAAUCUUGUAUGGCAGCUGACGCAGGAUUAGACUGCGUUUGGUGUCAGGCUACUAGGCGUUGCUCUGAUGGGCUUGACAGAAUGCGUCAAGAUUGGCUCAAUGCUAAAUGUGAUGUUGAGAGGCACACUAUAAAUUGCAGCUUGUUGCCAUCUGCUGAUAUAAAUCCAUAUGUACAGCCUCUGACAGAUUCUCCAUUUAAACCUUUCACAAUUUUCCCUCAUACUUCAAAACCUGAUAUCCAUUAUGAUCCAUCCGAAGAUGAACACCAUUAUGAUGAUGAAGCGUCUUCUAGUGCCAGAGUUGCUGACGAAUCCUCUUCGGUUGGAGUUGGAAGCGUGGUAGCAAUUUUACUUAUCUUGGCUGUUGUUCUUGGUGGCUUAGUGUGGGUUGGUUAUGCUUAUCGAAAUCCACACACCUCAUCUGGGCAGCUUUUAAUUAGAUACCGUCCUACUCAGUGGCGCUUUAGAAGUGGUGAGGCAAGAUAUACUGCAGCUUCAGUUCACAUGUAAAAGUCAAAUUCCAAGUUUUUUUUCUUAAAAAAAAAGAGCAAAGAAAAACAGGUUUGAAAAACAGAUGGUACAUUCCUUAUGCAGAACACAAGUGCACCUUAAAUGCCAUAUCAUGCCAGCACAAAAUUUCAUUCUUGAAUAUCUGCAUUCUUUUUUUAAACAUUAUUCAGUGUUCAUACCUGUUUCUUUUUUAGAGAAUGCAGCCAAUAUUUUUAAUACAAAUUACUGGACGUGGAAUUUUUUUUCUUCUGACUACCAUGUCCGUUUUUAAAAUUGACUAAAUACAGAAUGUAUGUAUUUUUAACAGUUGUUAUUGUAUUUUAAUCUGAAUCGAUAUUAUAAAGUUAAAAACUAACACUAUGUUAUACUUAAUUACCCUAUAAAAGUGCAUUCAAUGGAAAUGAAAUUCUGAAGCCUUAAAAAAAUAUUUUAUUAAUUUAAUUGAAAUAAUUGUUUUUCUAAUAAUCUUAGGAAUAUUCAAAAUAUUGUUCAUAUUACUCAAAUAAAUUAAUUUAAAUUUAAAAAAAAUUUAAAUUAAGGAAAAGUAAAAACUUAAUAUUUUUCUCUUAUUAUUGCUUUUAUAAAAUUUUAAAUUUAAGAACGUUAAUUGAAAAUAUGAAUAUUUCUUCUUACAAUGGUCACAUAUCAAUUAUAUUUGUAAACCAUUAUUUUUAAUUCAGUUGCUGUUAUUAGUUUUAAUUAAAUUUGAAAUAGAAUGAAGCAAACCUUAAAUAAAUCUUUGCCUUUUUGAUAAUAGAAUUUUGUUAUAAGAAAAAGCAGAACAUGGUGUGUUGGCACUUUAGGAUAAACAUUUAGAAACAAUUAAAAAUUGAAUGUUUACCUCUGGGUAAACAUUUUCUCGUUACAGCUUGUAGAGUAUGUGCCUUUACUGCUGCUGCACGUGAAGUUUUAUUUUUGAAAUGUGAUAUUUACAUGUAUAGACUUUUUGCCUGAAAAAUAACAAGUAAUGAUGAAGAACCUGAAACUUUGAAUAAUUUUUAAAUUUUAGGAAUGUUCUUUUAUUCUGUUUGUGUUGUUUAAACUGAAUGUAUUUGUAUGUGUGAAAAUUUAAUGAGGUCUAAUUAAGUUUGAAAUUUCAUGUUUCGUUUGUAUGAAAUGACUUCUUGAAUCUCUUAAGAAAUUUGCUUUUAUUUUAUUGAGGUUGUAAAAUUUUUUAAAUAACAUUUACAUGAAGCACAUAUUUUUUAUCAAAUGUUUUAUUGUGUAAAAAGGAAAUAACUGAAACCAUAUCAACAGUAUUGAAAUAAAACUGAUUCAAGUUGGCAAAUUAUAUUUUAAUGGGUUUUAAAUAAUUUGUUUUAGUCAGAGUUUUUCUUGAAUUUUGUAAUUUAAUUAUUUUUAAUGAUUUUUUUUUGUGUGUGGCCCUAUUAAGUAGCUAUUUAAUAAAAAAGGGGCACAUAAAUUUUUUAAAUCUAAUUUAAAAUAAAUUUGUGUCUAGAAAUGCUAAAUUAUAUCUCUUAAAUGCACUGACAUAUUUUCGAAGUUUGUAUUUUUUUCUUUUUAGAGGUGAUUUUUUUUCUUCAAAUUUCUUAAUUUAAGCUAUUUUUUAAUGAAGCAGCUAUUUUUUUAUUAAAGAAAUGACUUAUGCAUGUGACACAGAUUUUUAUAAAUUAAUUUAAAGUGAUCUUAUGUAAUGAAACCAAUGAAUUAAAUCUAUUAUAUGAAUUUUAGAAAAACAAACAUGCUAUUUUUUAAAAGUGUUUAUUAUCUUGUUAUUACACAGAAUACUAUAAAAUUAAAAUUAUAUUUUAUUACUCAAAAUCUUAUUAAAAAUUCUUUUAGCUGCUAUCAAUAUCUUUUUGUCUGAAAAAAUGGUAAAUAUUCAAUUAAUGUAUUGCUUAUUUCCAUUAAAAAAAGUGCAAGUGGUUGUGAUUAUAUAAAAAUUACUUAACUGUGUAAUACUAAUAUUUUUUCCACAUUUAAGUCACCUUUACUGUAUUUUCUGUUUUAUAUUUUAAAACUAGACUAAAUUCAAGGAAAAAUAAAUCUCUUUUUAUUUUAAUAGUUCUGUGAGUAUCAUUUAAAUAGUUUUAAUGUUUUUUAAAAGUACAUUAACCUUUGCUUUCAGCUAUGAGAGUGUCCAUACUUUUUUUUUUUGCAUGAUGAUGACCGUAUUCAAAGUUGAAAUGGAAUCUUUUAAUUGUUUUAAAGAGUUAAUGAUAUUGACCUUUCACUAUUUUAUGUUUGUGUGUUUCCCCCUUUCUUUUUAUAAUGAACUUUUAGUUAUGCUUAAUUCUUAGUUUUGAUUAUUAAUCAUAUUUUCAGUUGCAAAAUGGAUAUUGUUUGUGAUUUGGCAAAUGUAAUUAUUUAAUUGGAAUAUUUUUAUUAAGUUUUUUAAAGAUAAUUGAUACAAUCAUCAUAAUUAGUAUUUAUUUAUCUUAAAUAGUUUUACAUAAUAGGCUUAAAAGAAGGGUUCGGAACUGAAGAUAAAACUGCACCAUUUGCAGACCUUGUGCAAGCUUCAGUUUAUUUUGGUAACAUUUUAGAGUUUACAAUUGGAAUAAAUCUUUCAAAGUUAUAAUUCCUGAAAAGCACAAUAUAACAGAUAUACAUAAUGAAGUUGAACAUUUUGAUUGUAAUGAACGAUCUGAAAUGUACAAUAAUUGAUAUAUAUAUAUACUCCUACCCUUUGGGUAUUUCCUUUCUAGGCUAAAUCUAAAACAUUUACUCACAUUUCACUUAGUCAAUCGCUUAAUGAGUACUCUAAAGUUGUACCUUGGGAUCAAUAAGAAAAUCAAAACAUCUCAGAAAAACCUUAUAGUCUCAAACCAUUUAAAAUAAUAAUUUUUUCCCCCUAUUUCUACACCGUCAAUCCCAAAUCUUAAUUUACGAAAAUAUUUAUUCUUUGUCUAAAAUUUUGUUCAAGUUUUUAAAAUCUUGUUAGAAUCAAUUUUAAAUUGAUUUGUACUUCAUCUGGAAUAUUUUUGCAUAAUUUUUAGGAUUUUAAUGUUUUAAAUGCCUAUCUUUUACAAAUAAUACUUUUUUCAAAUUUGGUUAAAAUUAAUGUUUAGUAAUAAUAUACUAACUUUAAUUAUAAUAUUAAAAAUGCCAUUUGAUUGGUUUAAUAUUAUGAAUCAAUAUCUUUAAAUAUUUAUGUCAAUGAAAAAAGUGGGUUCAAAACUCAAACAUCCUAAACUAUUGUUAUUAGUUAUCACAAACUAUUGUUUCAGUUCCAAGUCAUGAGUCAAUAAUUCAUUUUACAAUGAGUAUAUUGUAUAUAUUAGCUUUCUCAAUUGCAUUUUAUUAUUUUUCUUUUGUCAGUUGUAUUUAUUUUCCUCUAGUGUAUCCUUUUUCUUUGUUUUACUUUUUUUAAGUCAUUGCGCUAUUUUAGAAAUUUUUUCCUCUUUUACUUGACAUUGUAUGAAAUCUACAUUAACGUGAUUCUUGAAUUUGUUUCUUAAUGAUUUGCUCAAUUCUUACCAGAUAUUGACUGCUCCUAUUACUUUUGCUCAGUUGUUGCUGAUAAAAAAAUAAGACUGCUUUCACAAUGAAAAGAUGAAGAAAAAAAAAUUGUGAAAUAUUUAAAGCCUAAUGUUUAGUUUUGUAAAUGAAUUGAUGAUUAUCAUGUCUGUACAUUUGUUAAUCUUUUGAUGAUGCAUUAAAGGAGACAUAUAUGAUGAUUGUAAAUAAAUUGAACAUUUUUUACUGAA